AUUGUUGCUUUGUUUCAGCGUCUGUCAAAUGGCUCUAUAGAUUCAAAUGAUGACACCAGUCAGUUGGUGGAACUACAGGAACUUCUUGAAAAGCAGAAUUAUGAAAUGGCACAGAUGAAGGAACGCUUGGCUGCAUUAUCUUCUAGAGUUGGGGAAGUGGAGCAAGAUGCAGAGACAGCUAGGAAGGAACUCAUUAAAACUGAAGAAAUGAACACUAAAUAUCAGAGGGACAUUAGAGAAGCUAUGGCACAGAAAGAAGACAUGGAAGAGAGAAUUACAACUCUGGAGAAGCGUUACCUAAGUGCACAGAGGGAAUCCACUUCUAUCCAUGACAUGAAUGAUAAGCUAGAAAAUGAACUCGCAAACAAGGAGGCCCUCCUGCGUCAGAUGGAAGAAAAAAACAGACAGCUUCAAGAACGUCUCGAAUUAGCUGAGCAAAAACUACAGCAAACAAUGCGGAAAGCAGAGACAUUGCCUGAAGUGGAAGCUGAACUGGCUCAAAGAAUUGCAGCACUGACAAAGUCUGAUCCAACCUCUUCUACCUCAUCUGAUGAUUAUCAAUAUGUUAUGGAAGCUAAACUACAAGAAAUGAUCUCCAUACGUAGGAAGGCCGAAGAGAGACAUGGCAACAUUGAAGAACGCAUGAGACACUUGGAAACUCAGCUGGAAGAAAAAAACCAGGAGCUUCAAAGAGCUAGACAAAGAGAAAAAAUGAAUGAAGAGCACAACAAACGGUUAUCAGAUACUGUGGACAGGCUUUUGACAGAAUCUAAUGAACGCCUGCAGCUACAUUUAAAAGAGAGAAUGGCAGCUUUGGAAGAAAAGAAUGUUUUAAUUCAAGAAUCUGAAAGCUUUAGGAAGAACUUGGAAGAAUCUUUACAUGACAAGGAAAGAUUGGCAGAAGAAAUAGACAAGCUGAGAGCUGAACUUGACCAACUGAAAAUAAGAGCAGGGUCUUUGAUUGAUCCCACAUUGUCAAGGCCACAUCUUGAUUCAUCAGCAGAAUUGAGGUACUCUGUGGGCUCUAUAGUUGAUAGUCAACCAGAUUAUAGAUCUACAAAAGUGAUAAGAAGACCCAGGAGAGGCCGUAUGGGAAUCCGAAGAGAUGAACCAAAGGUGAAAUCCCUUGGAGAUCAUGAGUGGAACAGAAGUCAGCCAAUUACUGUUCUGAGUAGCCAUCCAUUUGAGAGUGACACUGAAAUGUCUGAUAUUGAUGAUGAUGACAGAGACACUAUUUUUAGUUCAAUGGAUCUUCUGUCACCAAGUGGGCAUUCUGAUGCUCAAACCCUUGCUAUGAUGCUUCAAGAGCAACUAGAUGCAAUCAACAAAGAAAUCAGGUUAAUCCAAGAAGAAAAAGAGUCAACAGAAUUGCGUGCUGAAGAAAUUGAAAACAGAGUGGCCAGUGUGAGUCUAGAAGGCUUAAAUCUGGCCAGGAUGCAUCCUGGUACAUCCAUUACUGCUUCAAUUACAGCUUCCUCACUUGCAAGCUCUUCUCCUCCCAGUGGGCACUCAACUCCAAAACUCACUCCCCGUAGCCCAGCCAGGGAAAUGGAUAGGAUGGGUAUUAUGACACUGCCAAGUGAUCUUAGGAAGCAUCGGAGAAAGAUUGCAGUAGUUGAUGAAGAUGGACAUGAAGACAAAGCUACAAUAAAAUGUGAAACCUCCCCUCCUGCAACACCCCGAGCCAUUAGAAUGACUCAUACUCUACCUUCUUCAUACCACAAUGAUGCUAGAAGUAGCUUGCCUGCUUCCUUGGAGCCAGAAAGCAUUGGUCUUGGCAGUGUCGGUAGCAGCCAGGAUUCCCUACACAAAGCUCCCAAGAAGAAAGGAAUAAAGUCUUCAAUAGGACGUUUGUUCGGUAAAAAAGAGAAGGCUCGACUUGGACAGCUCAGAGGCUACAUGGAAACUGAAGCUGCUGUACAGGAUUCUCUAGGACUGGGUAAACUUGGGACACAGGCAGAGAAAGAUCGAAGGCUAAAGAAAAAGCAUGAACUUCUGGAAGAAGCUCGGAGGAAGGGGUUACCUUUUGCACAGUGGGAUGGGCCUACGGUGGUUGCAUGGCUAGAGUUGUGGCUAGGAAUGCCUGCCUGGUAUGUUGCUGCUUGCCGUGCAAAUGUGAAAAGUGGCGCCAUUAUGUCUGCCUUGUCUGAUACAGAGAUUCAGAGAGAAAUUGGAAUCAGCAAUCCUCUCCAUCGUCUAAAGCUCCGUCUGGCAAUCCAAGAGAUGGUCUCUCUAACAAGCCCCUCAGCUCCUCCAACAUCUAGAACACCCUCAGGCAACGUUUGGGUGACUCAUGAAGAAAUGGAAAAUCUUGCAGCUCCAGCCAAAACGAAAGAGAAUGAGGAGGGAAGUUGGGCUCAGACUCUGGCUUAUGGUGACAUGAACCAUGAAUGGAUUGGUAAUGAGUGGCUUCCCAGUUUGGGAUUACCACAGUAUCGUAGCUACUUUAUGGAAUGCUUGGUAGAUGCAAGGAUGCUAGAUCAUCUCACAAAGAAAGAUCUUCGUGUACACUUAAAAAUGGUGGAUAGCUUUCAUCGUACAAGUCUACAGUAUGGAAUCAUGUGUUUAAAGAAACUGAAUUAUGACAGAAAAGAACUAGAAAGGAGAAGAGAAGCAAGUCAGCAUGAAAUAAAAGAUGUGUUGGUUUGGAGUAAUGACAGAGUCAUACGCUGGAUACAAGCAAUUGGAUUACGAGAAUAUGCAAACAAUAUUUUAGAAAGUGGUGUGCAUGGAUCACUCAUAGCUCUGGAUGAUAACUUCGAUUACGGCAGUUUAGCUUUAUUGUUGCAGAUUCCAACACAGAAUACACAGGCACGGCAAAUCUUGGAGAGAGAAUACAACAACCUGUUGGCACUAGGAACAGACAGACGACUUGAUGAAACUGAUGACAAGAAUUUCAGGCGUGGCUCUUCCUGGCGAAGACAGUUUCCUCCACGAGAAGUCCAUGGAAUCAGUAUGAUGCCUGGCUCUUCAGAAACUCUGCCAGCUGGGUUCAGGUUAACUACAACAUCAGGGCAAUCACGAAAAAUGGCAACUGAUGUUGCUUCAGCACGGUUGCAGAGGUUAGACAGUUCUACAGUUCGUACAUACUCAUGCUGACAAGACUAGCUAAGAAACAAGAGCAGCGUUUGAGCUGAUGUGAGUAUUCAGAGAUAAAAACUUAAAGA